AUGAUUCGAUUUGGAAAAUCACCACAGCAUAUUUAAAAGAACCCAAAAAAACCAGACAAUUUAGAAAUUCUAACUCUAUUAGACAACUGCACAUUAAUUUUCAAGGAUGAUAGGAUAACAUUGAGGAAUAUGGUAAAAGAAGGUAAUCAAGAUGUCAUAGCAAUACUGAAUAAUUAUAAAAAGGGCAAUAAUUUUAAAGACUUAUCAACCGAUUUAAGAAAAUAUCUUAGAAGGAAGGGAGACAAAGAAAAUGAUAAAGUUCUUACUUGUUAAUCUCCUACAUCCAACAGAAUAUAAAAAGUCCAACAAUUACAAAUCUAACCUUAACAAAAUAGUCAAAAGAAAUCAUGCCCUGAUUUAUGGAAGCCAGCCGAAUAACAAUCUCCAAAAGCAAUCAACUUGUGCAAAAAUAAUUAGUUUGUCAAUGACGUUCAAUAUUCAGAAAUUGUACUUUCAGAUAGAAAUCAUAAUGAGUCGAAAGAUAUCGAGUAAAUUUAAUUUUAAACUAACGUCACCUAAUAAUACGCAUUUCAUCAGCCCACUACCAAUUAACUGGAUCAUUCAUAAACAAUUCAAUAGAGCAUUAAGAACAUUAAUUAUAAGAAUAAGACAUUGAUAUCGAUGAAGAAGAUGAUAUUCAAUCGCGAAUCCUCUAAUGAAAGCAUUUUAAAUUAGAUUUCUCAACCACCUCCUUAAACCCAAGAUAUUACUCCAAAAAACGAUAUCAAACCAACAUAGCUAUUUCAAAGUGGGCAUUCAACAUAUCUACAAAUAAACACUUGCUAAUCAUAUCUUUAACCAAUAUUGACAAUUUAAGAAAAAUCACCGGUCUCACUUAAAUCCCCAGAUACAGAAAAUAAAGUUGUUGUAAAGGAUUCUCAAAAACACUAUAGCUUUUACAAUUAUCAAGAUUACCAAAAGGUAGCCCAACCAUAAUAUAAGCAUUUAUUUACUCAUUGGCCUUCCCUAUUACACAAAUUAGAUAGACCUGAAUAUGUUCCUAACUACAGAGUUGUUCCUUAUAUUAAUUCUACACCUGAACAAAUAUUUUCAAUUCUGUUUCCAAAUUCUAGCAAAGCCAAAAUUAGUUACUUUGCAUUUGAGAACUAAUUAAAACAUAAUCUAUUAUAAAUUGACCGAGACUCACUCUUCAAAGAAUUAGAUAAAGACUAGGAUGAUUGGAUAAAUUAUAGAGAAACCGGAGUUAUUCUGGAAGGCCUAUGUUUAUAAGUAGAAUAGCCUAAGAAUUGCGUAAAAGUCAUUUUUGAGACUUUGAAAGGUCAACCAACUAUCCCUAAUACCUUAACUCUUUCAGAUCUUGAACUAUUUGAAUAAAAAACAGAUUUUCAAUUUGCCAGAUAGUAUAUAUCAUAUUUUUAUAACCUAGAUUAAUGGCAUCUCACUUAUUGGGAUUUAUAUAUGCAUCGUGACAUUUAUCUAAUGGAAAGAUUAUGUUAAAUAGUUUCAUAAAUUACAGGUGCUACUCAUAAUCAUUAAUGA